UGUGGAUUAGUUGAACUUUUUGAUAUUUUCUAGAUUUCGGGAUUUUUAAUUUUUUUGAAUUUGGAUUUUUUGAAUUUUUUGGAUUUUCUAGAUCGUUUGGAUGUUAUGAAUUUUUUGGGAUUUUCUGGAUUAUUCGAAUUUUUUGGAUAUUCUGGAUUGUUUAUGGAUUUUUUGGAUAUUUUCGAUUUUUUGGGAUCUUCGGAUUUUUUUUGAUUUUCUUAAAUUUUUUGAAUUAUUGAGAACAUUUAUAAAUGAGAGAAUAAGUGGAAAAUAUGCGAAAAAACAAAAUUUGAGGUUUGAGGUUAGGAGUAGAUUUACUGAUGAAGCGGAUUGUCAAAGUCACGUGAUGAUGUAAUACAAACUAUUGCGUAAACGAACUUUUGAAUAAUGGUUACAAUGCGGCACGAAUUCGUCGCAAUUUCGUUUGACCGACGUUUUUAAACCAAACUUGCUUUUUCUAGCCCAGUCACAAAAAACGACAAAAUUAAAUACUACUCAAACCCAAACCAGUUCAAAGUAGUGCAAAUGUACCACCCUUCAAGUCUUAACAAUGAACUCUUGUUUUUCGUACUAAACCGGUGUUAAUUUAAGUACUGUGUUAUGUAAAUUGGUCAUAAUGAACGUCCUGCGAAAAUUCCCACCAUCCAGUCAAAGUUCAUGUUUCAAGAGAUUUUUGUCGUCCAAACAACCCAGCGAGGCUUUAAAACACCACCAGGCCAAAAUCAUGGGUCGCGGGCUCCCCACUAAAAAACCCAUUGAUGGGGUUAAGCACGUCGUCGUAGUUUCGUCUGGUAAAGGCGGCGUUGGAAAAAGUACAACUUCAGUGAAUUUAGCCGCAGGUCUCAAACUAGCUUAUCCCGAUUCGGACGUAGGGUUGCUAGAUGUGGAUGUGUUCGGGCCGUCCAUACCCUUGAUGAUGAAUCUCCACGAUACGCCGCUAUUAAACGAGAAAAAUUUGAUGGUGCCUUUGGUUAAUUACGGAGUGAAAUGUAUGUCAAUGGGGUUUUUGAUUGAAGAAGGGGCUCCUGUUAUUUGGAGGGGUUUGAUGGUGAUGCAAGCUUUAGACAAAUUGUUGCGACAAGUGGAUUGGGGCUCAAUCGACUAUUUGGUGGUUGAUACGCCCCCAGGAACCGGCGAUACGCACUUAUCUUUAGUGCAAAAUGUGCCUAUUUCAGGGGUUCUUCUUAUAACAACCCCCCAGCCGGCGUCGCUUCAAGUCACUAAACGUGGAGCCGUCAUGUACCAAAAGUUGGCAGUACCUAUUAUAGGUUUGGUGGAAAAUAUGUCUUCAGUGACGUGUCCGUCGUGUUUAAAUAGCGUCAAACUUUUUGGAGACGGUACUACCAGUUUGGCUGCUGAGGUUAACUCGAGUAUCAUUGAAAGCUUCCCUUUAGAUCAACUAAUUUCGUCUAGUACUGAUGGUGGUACGCCUGUUGUGGUCAAAGACCCGGGGAACUUACAGUCGAAGUCGUACGUAAGUUUGGCGAAAAAAGUGGUCGAAUUUUUAGAAAAAAAUAAACGAAGUAGUUCGUAGUAUUUUA